AUGACUGUAACACCUCAAUUCACAACACAAAGUGCAUUUGGCAAUUACAGAGGGACACCAAAAUCACCUACGUCAAUGUUCUUGUAUUCCUCAACAUCUAGUCAAGUCAAAGCUCAAAAUGACCAGUUAUUACAAUUAAAGGAACAGUAUUUACGCUUAAAGGCACAGUAUAUCCAAGAAUCAAAGGACAGCAGCGCCAAAAUAAUGAGUUUGGAAAGGCAGCUCAGAACAAAGCAACAAGAACUUGAAAAACUCGAAAGGGAACUUGCUCAGUUACGAUCUAAGGGAGGAAUAUCUCAAAAAUCAGGAUCAAUCGGAGCUGUUGAGAAAAUUUGGAAUAUAAUGAAUGAUUACCGCGAGCAAAUCAAAAACGGAGCUCUUCAAGAACCAAAAUCAUCACCAAAUAUAGGAACACCAAUACAUAUCAAUGAAGAUGAUGAAGAUGAGAUCUAUACUAGGAUUCAACCAAGAGCUCACUUUGCAAAAUGA